CCUUAUUGCUUGCAACCAUCGUUCAUCCUCAACACCUAGUUGAUCAACAUGUCCAACCUUUUCAGAUUCGCGCGGGUUGUUCCACGUUUGACGCCUCGUCUCGUCCAGACUCCCGUCUUCCAACCCGCUCGUCUCACUCCCAUCACCCUCGCGACCCGUUUCUACUCGGCUGAGAAGGCUCCAUUGACGCCUCAACAGGUCGAGGACAGGGUGCUGCAACUGCUUCGCGAUUUCGACAAGGUUGACGCUUCAAAGUUGAACUUGGACGCCCACUUUAUCAACGACCUUGGCUUGGACAGUCUUGACCAAGUGGAGAUUACGAUGGCGUUGGAGGAUGAGUUCAACAUUGAGAUUCCAGACCGUGAUGCCGAAGAGAUUAUGACUCCUCGGCAGGCAUCUGAAAAGAUUUUCGCAAACAAAAACGCUAUGUAGAAGCGUCACAGAUAGAGACUGGCUGAUCGUGUAAAUUCAUUUGUUCACAAUAUAUAAUGCCCCAUGGUGAUUGCGAA